AUGGCUGACAACACUGAUCUCGAUGGGUUCUCCCCAAGGUGUCAUUUAAUUCUUAAUCGCUGCCUCUCCAACUGGAAUGCAAGCAGUGAAGAUGAUCCCGACGACCAGGCAAACAUCAUUGAGAGUACGGCUAGAGAACUACUCAAUGAAGAGGGCGUCUGUAAUGGGGAGGGUCUGAAUGAAAUGGCAGAGAGGGUUCGCGAGUGGUUUGGCCGCGAUAACAGGGAGGCAACUCCACCCGGCGACGAGGUUAAGUGGAAGUUUAGGUCUGGCAAGAAGUGGACUAUGGUACGUAUUGCCGAGAUUGAGCACCAGGCGCAAAUCAUGUCUCUGGUUGUGUCGACAUGGGCUCUGGAACAUCCCGAAAUCCCAAUGCCGCCAGUGUGGAGAGGCAAGUACAUGGGGUUAUUCAGCCGGGCGCGGAUAGAAUACUGCAAAAACAAACUCGAUCAGACGACGAAGGACGCAUUUACAAGAAAGGCAGCCAAAUGGAAUGAAGAGGGCCCGCCUGCAGAAAUACAAGAGCGCGAAUUUCCCAAGUGGCUGAAGGGAGCAGCUGAGUUUGCUGAGUGGUCGGCGGUCGCCCACGGCGUCCGGGUGUUUUUCUUGUUCGGCAGGAAGAACUUGAAGGGAGAGAUUCAGCUCGGCCAUUCGGACACCAUCCGCGCCUGUGACCCACCAUUUGAGCCUAUGCUAACGCAGCGGGUUCGCGAAAUGCCCUUCUGGAAAACUUGGCGUCUGUAUGUCAAUGGCGGUCCUCUCCCAGGCGAGUCGGCGCCGGAAGGAUUAGCGGAUGCGGCGCAGGCCACGGUGCCAAAAUCGCGCGACGCUUGUUCUCUCAUUGCUACAAGGGACGACGGAUUUCCCAUUGUGCCAAACCCGCCGAAGAAGGAAAAAACUAAAACGUUACAACGUCUUCUUCGAGGAUACAUCACACGAGUCUGGCGGCACGAUACUGUGCGUGUGAAGGGUGUUCUCCCUUGGGGCAACAUGGAGAAGUAUCCCAGGCACUACUUCGGAAACAGCAAGUACUUUCCUUUUGGCAUGUUUGGCGUCAGGGAGCCGAGCGACGUCAAGGAGGGAGAAAUACUUGCAUUGUUCGCACAUUGGCGGGAGAGAGAAUCUGACAACAAGGUCCCCCUUCGGUUCCGUCAUUCACUGCGGUUGGAUCCAUAUGCAGUUGCAACUCCUGAAACUCCCAUUUUGCCAGAUGAUGAUGAUGACAGCUCGGAUGAAGGCGAUGUUGGGCUGAGCGCAGACGCGCUGCUGGGACAUUCACGCGCCGGCAUCACAAUUACGCAUACAGGAGCAUCCGAAGCUAACCUGCCGCCGGUUGUAGCAGCGCCGGCACCAGCUCACAUUCGCACAAUCCCUGCCGGCGCAAAUCAGCACCGAUCGCCAGACGGCACUCGCUCACCACAACCCAUGCCACAAAGGCCGAGGCCCAGACAGAAGACGAUUCCCUCGGCUGCUACUGUCCAAGCAGGGAGCGAAUCCGGCGCCGAGGCAAUUACACCAGAACAGAACUCAGAGCUUACUGACAGCCAAUUUGAUUACCUCAAUGACGGCAAUAACCACGUUCCACCCUCCAUUAUCAGCACCAAGGAUGAUGAUCACAACUUCUUCUUUGAUACUGCCGAACUUGAAGAAUACGUCCCUGCCCAGUCGUCCAAAGAUGAGACAGAGUAUCCAAAAACAUUGUCACCAGAACAUUCUGCUACAAACAACCCACAGGAGCUGCCCCGGAAUGUCGCCGCCGAUGAAGAUAAUUCCGCUUUGGCACUCGGAGAUCUCAUUUCGGCGCAACCCGAAGAAGAUAACCCUGGCGCAGGACCUUUCGAUCGCCAUGAUUGCAUCCCCUUGGACUCACCAUAUCCACCUGAGGAUGCUCCCUACGACUUCAGCUUUGAUCCAAUGGAUUAUGAAAACUAUGUUCCAUCUGCGGAUGGACUUGAGAGCCCGAGUGGCAACAUGUCCAUCCAGCUCACUAAUCCCACCAUCGACGACGCUUCGGGAACUGAAGCGCCGGACCCGGCGCUUACAGCAACGAUUCCAAUGCAUGCGAGCACUCUCCUGCAGGUCGCCGGCGCCGGCGCGCCGGGUGGACACAUCUCCAAUGCAUCUCAGCAGGAGGUGGACACGCCCAGCUCUCAUGACAGCAGAACACACAACGGCGUGUUGCUCUCCACAGGCGGUCCUGUUGAAAAACGAAGUCUCACGCAAGUCCCGGGCGCCAGGGCAUCGGCCACGGCGGCAUCGCCUCACGAGCAUGCUUGUAUCGCGCCUCCACCUAACUUCGCAGCGCCAGAAGGCGACUGCAGGAGUGAGGCCAGCGACCCCAGCGACGAUAGCGAGAACGAAGUACUGGACACUUUGAUCGAUGAUACAUCACUUGAGAUCAGUGUUCCCCCACCGCUUGCAAGUCCAAAGCCAGCGAAGCCUGAUAGUAAACGCAGACGGCGGGCAAGUUCGGCGACGAAACCUGUGUCAACCAAGAAACCGAGGUCAAUCCACAACAGAGAACCCAUUCAAGAAGCUGCGUCCGAGGAACAAACAGCUGAGCAGGCUCAGCGUUUUAGCAAGCGAAGGACGGCGCCGACCGACCGGCUGAAAUCCUACAUAGAAGGAUCAAAGGAGGUAAACUUGCCUUAUUACGAUCCAGCAAGGAAGAGGUAG